AUGGUGACUUGUAUUUUCUCCUCUUCAAAUGUCAUCCUUUGUAAAAUUGUCGAACCUAAUGCUGAAAUCAAGUAUGUAGCUUUUGUUUACGGUGCCCCGUCUCUUGAAGAUAGGAAUUUAGUUUGGCUUGAUCUUUCCUUUAUUAUCCAAAAUUAUCCUAAAUGUCUUUUGCUUGGUGAUUUUAACCAAUUAGAAUUUUUAGAGGAUAAAUUGGGGGGAAACACUUCGAUAAGAGGAGUAGAUGAUUUUAUUGAUUGGAGAUUCAGUAAUGAAGUCAUUGAUGUUCCUUUUUCAGGUCCGAGGUUUACUGGGACUAAUAAUAGACUUGGGUCGGAUUUGAUUUUGGAAAGAUUGGAUAGAGGUUAUGAUACCCCGGACUGGUUUGAGGAAUUUCCUAAUGGACGUAUUGUCCAUGAACCUAUUCAGGUUUCUGAUCAUGCGGCUAUUCUCUAUGACACGGAUCCGAAUGUCAUUCUUUCCACUCGGCCGUAUCAACUUGAACUUUGGUGUUUGGGGUUUCCGGAAGUGAAAUCCAUCAUUGACACGGAAUGGAAGAGGGAGAUUUCCACUGAAUUACAUGCUCUUGGGGAAAAUGUCUCCUCCCUUAAUGAUGCUCGCACCUAUCUUGACCUUGUCAACUCUUUCAUCCCAAAGUGCAAACUGGAAUUCCAUUAUUGGCGACAACGAAUGAAAUGUGAUUGGAUAAAGGAAGGUGAUAUCCCGUCUAAGCGCCUUUUCAAUAAGGUUAAAUCAAGGAAAACAAAGAAUGAGAUUAUCACUCUUCGACGAGAAGAUAAUUUGUGGGUAGAGGGACAUUUUCAUGUGUCUAAUCUCAUUGUAAAUUCCUUGAAGGAUGUGUUCAAUCCAGUUAUUGAUCCUGCUCAAGAGGAUCACAUCGAUUUGCUUCUUAGGCAAAUUCAUUUCCCGUCUCUCUCUCCCUCUCAAAGUGACACUCUAAGCUUGCCUUUUUCGGAUGCAGAAAUCCGUGAGGCUAUUUUUGACUUAAAAGGUUCAAAUUCUCCAGGGCCUGAUGGUUGUAUAUUUGAAUUUUUUCAGUCAAAUUGGGAUACAGUUGGCUAUACAGUGACCAAGAGUGUUCAACACUUUUUUCCACGGGUUUUCUUCUUCAGGAAUUAA